AUGAAGUUCACCGCUGCUAUCUUCGCCCUGGCCGCUGUUGCCAUCGCUGCUCCCGCCGAGAUCGAGACCCGCUCCCGCUCCACCACCGCUUCCGAGUGCUCUGCUCACGGUGGUGUCCAGGCCUGCUGCAACGGCCUUGCUCUCAACUGCCUGGUCCAGGUCCUCGGCUCCAACUGCAACAACAACGCCUACUGCUGCGACUCCGGCGAGGCUGUUGGCGGUCUCGUCAACGUCCAGGCCCUUAACUGCGCCAAGAUCCUCUAA